AGCAGAAUUGCUCAAGCAUGGGUGGAGAGGCCUACGACGCGCACUAUUGGAACUAUAUCGCAUUAUCCUGUUGCCUGAAUCACACACGACGGAGAGCUGGCACCGCAUUUGCAUUUGCAUAUUGUUCCAUUCUGGGGGUACGUGUCUGCCCCAGAACUGCAGGCCGAUAUGCAUUAUCACGCUUGUGUAUGAACUGUCCUUUCGUUUGCUGUACAAUCGUUCUAUACCAAUCCUCGACAUAGUCCAGCCUCCAGAACAAGCCAGGUUCUGGAAACAUGAUUGUGUACCGAUGACCACACGUUUGCGUUCACAAUCAGUUUUUUCAAGAGAAAGGAAGGGAGUGCCACAUUCCAAUUCGGGCCGCCACGCUGGAUGUCAAGAAAUCUGUCGGCAGUCUCCCACGACUCGUUCUGGAAGGCCUUAGCAACACAAUGUGUGCCAGCACCGUAGAUCAACAUGAUUGCCAAAUUGUAUGCCGACCAAACAGCCGUGGUGCAGACGGACGCGUUAAGGCUGGUGGGAUUUUGCUGUGCGCGGGGGACGAAGCAGGGAGAUCCAUUGAGUUCGUUGUUAUCCAACAGUCUUUCACAGCACACCUUCCAAAACAAUUUCCCGGAGUGGUCUACACGCAAGUACGGAUAUCAGUCAUCAUGUGUAGAACGUGCACGACUGACUAAUUUCAUAUGUGUUGACGAUGUGGUGAUCAUUGGUGGUUCAGUGACGUUGAUCAAACGGAUGAUAUCAGACGUCCGGGGCGUUGUUUUGACGCUAGGCUUGAAAAGUCACCCAGACAAGUUGAAGACAUCACACAAUUUCUGCGACCGGAAACCAAACAUUUCGCCAGAAUUCGCCGUCUUCGACGACGUGAAGAUCGAAGAUUGGCUUUUCUCUGGGGCUCAUUGGCUCCGAAACAUAUUGGCAGACAUUCUACAUUCUGUGACCUAGCAGAGGUAGAGCUUGGAAAAAGCUGGCUUUGUCCAAACAGGAGCUCAUUACCAAGGCGUAUUCAGCCAAUGACCGGCUGCGCCUCUUCAGCGAGGUCGUUGGUGCAACUAUGUUGUACGUGCCUGCGUCGGGGACAUUCGCGGCAGAAUUGGAGUGCAAACGUCGGGCAACCCGGCGCCGAAUGUUACGCGUGAGUGCGCCGCGACGCCGAUGCUUUGACGCGGCGGACGACGAAAAUCGGGACGACCGACAUGGAGCGCCGACGCAGCGUCCACACAGAGCGGCACCGACAGCGGCACACGUUCCACGCAUUCGUCGUCCAGUUCGUCUUCGGACAUUCGUACAUACAUCGAGCCAUGGCACGAGUGGAUCAAAAGGAGCAACACACAUGGUAGAACGCAUAUUUUCUCAAGCUGGCGACGAGGAUUGGAUUGCAACGCGCAGACGACGGAAAUGGCGAUGGGCAUCUUAACUGGCGCGCAAAAAACACCCUGCUGCGGCGCGCGUGCCUGGAGGCUACCGCAACGGCCGCGGAUGCGCUGGUUCGACGACAGAUGUCAGGCAGUACGAGGUAAUCAUACCGAGCGGGUCUGGGAAACGCUUACCUGCAAUGGCGAGUUGUGGGGGGGCAUUGAAUCGAUGUGCGUACGCGCAUUCAACUGAGGCGCCGCAGAUUUCCAGCUACAGCUCUCCGUUUUCCGCCUCCAGCUCCCAUCUGUCUUUGCGAGCGCGGCCCCCAUAGUUCUUCCCAGCGCUCAUUUCACCGAUUUGGUUUCUCUGACUGCAGCGCUCGCUUCUCCAAUCCAG